CUGGUGCUGGUGUCGGGGCUUUGUGGGAGGGUGGUCAUUGUUCCUGUGAGCCCCGGGUAGAAAACGUCUGGUGUUAUGCAGAAAGCCCCGCUUCUGCGGGGGGUAUAAUAAGAGCCCAAGAGGCACAUGAGAGUCUCAAAGUCAGUCUUGUGAUAUUCUCCCAAACCGAGAGGACUGUACCGCAUCAGAUUCAGCCUCAUCAGUGAUGAAUUCUUCUCAGGAGACUCAAUCUGAUUUGGAGGUGAUCUUAGAGUUCCUAGAGGAGUACUACAGACAAAACACGGGAGACAAUGUGGACAAGAUGUACUGGAGUGCAGGUGUGCCUGUCAAUGAAAGAAAUGCACCUGUGGAUGAUGACUCAUGGGAGCGACGCUUGACAUGCUAUGAGCAGCCUCCUUUAAAACCUGUGUUUCCUGUAUCAAAGAUUAUCAAACCUGCACUUCAGCCUUUGCUGGCACGCGACGCAGCGACAUUGUCUGAGCGAGGGUCACUGCCAAACUUUGCAUCAGCAAGACAACCUCCUAAACACACAGCGGGGAGUGGUGGAAAGGUGCGACUCUUUCACUUUCUGUUUGAGAUGUUGGAGGAUCCAAACAUGGCACACUGUGUGUCCUGGGUGCCAGCAGCCGCCGGCGUUUUCCGCUUUUCCUCCACAAACAAGGACCAGGUGGCAGCACUGUGGGGGCAGAGAAAGGGAAACAAGAGGCCCAUGACUUACCAGAAGAUGUCCCGCGCCCUCAGGAACUACGCCCGGUCCGGAGAGAUCUUCAAAGUGAAGAAGAAGCUCACCUACCAGUUCAGCCGAGACACACUGAUGUCACUGCACAAGUUUCAGCAAGGAGAUUUGUUACGUGGACGAGAUUUGGUGUAGCUCUUAUCACGUCAUACGCAACUCUAAAAGAUGCUUUAUCUUUCCGUCAUAAUUGUGACAAGUUCACAAAUCCGUCUGAUCAUCGUGAAGUUAGUACAUGCAUUGAGUUUUUGGUGUAAAU